UUUUUGUAAAAUUGUAACUUAGGUGAGAAAAGUGGCAAAAGAGGGUCUACGUGUUGGAUCAAGUUCCUUUUCCAGUUUGGGAGAUCCAACGAUGGGUUUGUAGUAGCCUUGUUUUGAUAAAUUGGUAGAUAAUUUUGAAAUUAUGGAAUAUUCCCUUGUUUUAGUUUGACUGAACGAGUGUUGGAGUGACAUCAGUUCACCAAUGGUUUGAAAACUUUUAGAUAAGAUUGAAAUCAUAAAUUAUUUCUAAUUUUUAAUUCUAUAUAGGAUUAUAAGGUUCCUCCCCCCCCCCCAAUAUUUUAUUAUACGUUUGACUGUCUUCAGGCUAUGAAUGACAAAAUUAUUGAAAUCAAUCAAGUGAUUUAAAUAUGAAUUGAAAUAGAGAAUUUUCCAAUCAAAUAUUUAACGAUGUGUUGCAGUCCGUUUCUCAUGUGUCCGCUUUCUUUAUACAUUUUUGUAUCCAACCAUAAUCAUGUCCAAGUAAGCAAAAUUUAAAAAAUAAAGUAUCGGAUAGCAUGAUAAGGCUUUGCACAGUAUAAUAACACAAUACUGCAUCGUGAAUACUUACAGACAUGAGUAUAUUGUACUAUUUUAUGUAGGUGUAUAUGUAGCCAGGUUUCCUGAUAUGGUGUCAUCGUAUUCGAUUCCACCCCGAACUUCGAAAUACCUGAUGGUCUUCAAGAUUGCAAAGGUGAAGAUCAUUAUAACUUUUGAACAUCCUCUAACAAAAGCAACAGCAUCAGUCAGUGUCACAGUCUGGCUGUGGCGCCAUGUUUGCUGUGAUUAAAUGUUUUUAAUUUGCCACCCAAAAUGGUGGAAGUUGUGACAUCACUUGAAAGAGCCCAAUAGUCGCCUAACCCUCCUUACUAUACAUUCAUAGGGAAAGCUAAAAGCAGUUGGUGAGAGAACUGGAGAUGGAUGUGCACUUGAACCUACCCCAAACUAUGAUGGUCAUAUAUCCAAGUCUUUUCCUUGUGCACACAACGUUUCCUUGGAACAGGCUUUCACAUCUUCCCAGGUUGAUAAAUUAUUUGUAUUUGACAUACAAGGAUAGGAAUAGUGUUGUCCCACCUUUCUCUAGAUAGUAUAUGUUAAAACGGUGAAAUUGGUGAAAGAGGUUUUUACAGAAAAUGGUCCAGUCCAGGGCUCGAAAUAGCGGCCUGCCAAUGGCAAUGACCAAAGGCAGGCCAUAUUUCAGAAAUGGCAGGCGAAAGAGAAUUUGAUCUGCCAAGUUAAAAAUAAAUGCCAGACGAAAUUCUACAAAAACCAAAAGGCGUCCAAUGGUUGAGGACACAAUCGAUUUGCAGUUUGCCAUUUUCGGUAAGCGGUUUCCCGUUACGUCAAUCUUAAGGUGCCUAAUAGUUACAGUAAGGCAAAUACAUAAAUUAUGAUAUGCAUGACGAAAAUUAACAUUUAAUCUCUAUGUUCACUUCACACCUGAGUGAGACCAUUUUGGCAGUUUAAAAAUAGAAAUGACAGACCAUAAUUUGACCUGCAAAAAAAAUAGUUUGGCAGGCCAUAUAUUUUUUCUAUUUCGAGCCCUGGAGUCAAGUCAUCCUCUGAUGCAAUAUACAUGCACCUUUAAUUUAGGUCUCUAAGACAAAUUCAGUCUAGUUAGUGUGGGUGCGAUAUACCUGUAUAAGUAUUGCGAAUGCGGACGUUACUUUCCUUUGCAGUAUUAUUUUUAUGAAUUCUCGGAUGAUGGUGAUGAUUUACAUGCAAAAAGACCAAGACAAUGUUGUCCAUAUGCUGUCAUUCAGUUUUCUGUCACAUCAAGUCAAUCACAUCACUCUUUACCAAGAAAUGUCUUAACCCAAGACUCGUCCUUACGGAACUUACCAAGUCACGAAUCUCGCCAUGUCUCGACUCAGCUUGUUCUGUCACGCAACGAAAAGAAUAACGUAAGUACAAAGCAAAUAGUCUAUAUAUAAUAGUAAUAUAGUUUCUCGUGUCAACUGUCAAGGUUUCUUUAUUUUUGCAGCAAUAUUACGUUUUAAAUCAUGGAUUUUUGUAACUGUUUUAUAAUUUCCUAAAGACGCAUUAACCAAGUAUCAAGUCUGUUAGUAUGACGCGUGCAUGUUCAGUAUAAUGUAUGUAAUGAUGAUGGAUUUUCCUUAAUUUCUUCACUUCAGAAUGAUGUUACUCUGAUGGGCAUGAAAUCCAUGGUUGAUGGUAAUUAUAGUUGCUUGCUCCCUCUCCGAAACUUUUUUGUUAACGCAGUUAUUAACGCAUAAAACGGCUAUCGAACUUAUUAAAAACAAAUUUUAGUUUGGGGACCGGGCAUUAUUUAUGGCGGGAGGUUGCAUUGAAGAGAAAAGGGUUGGGCAAACAAAAUUUUGAGCGAGUAAAAGGUUGGGUAAAUGAAAAACAAAACAACUACUCAAGGGUUGGGUAAUAAAACAAUUAUUGUCAUUUCCAAAACAUGACUCAUUCAAAUAUAUUGAAGACUAAAAAGCAAUAUCAACAGUCGUAUGUCAAUACAAUAUAUUAUUCAAUCAGAGGCAAAUGGUUUCUCCGAAGAAAGUACAUGUGCAGACAACAUGAAAAUCGCACAAGCAGUUACCAAACUCAUGUCGCAGAAGUGGUAAAGGACAUGUGUGGCAACUGAACGAUAUAUGAUUUUUGAGGUUGGGUAAGAAAUAUUUUGACUUUUUAAUGGCGAUCUCAGCAAAAUGUUUACCAAGAAAAACAUUUUUCUUCGGUGCCAAACAACACCAUAAAUAAUGACCGGUCCCUUAUCUAAUAAACUUAAAUUUUGAUACAAUCAUAAAUUUAAUACUAAUUACUAAUACGCGCUAAUACAACUAAAAUAUUUUUCGUAAACAUUGUCCCAGGUCGGAUGUAUGCAAACUAUUCAAAACAAGGCAGAACUCUGUGGUCAGGCGUGAUCAAGAACAAAGAAAAUAUUCUUUCCUCGGCUGACUUAAUAUGUUAUUCCAGCGAUAUUUUACCUAUCACUAUGUAAGUUGAUAAAUAUUCGAAUUUUGAUUACAUGCAGUUUCAGGGUUUUUUCCCGGAUUUUCUCUUGUGUCCGUUUUUGCAGAGAAGAUUGAGUUUUAUAGCUGAACACCCCCCCCCCACUACUGGGGAGCUGACACUUGUACUCAAUAUAAAUGUAGUUGAGACGGAAUGUGUUAAAUCAGAGGCACUGAGGGACACUAUAAACGGGUUAAAGAUGGGGAAUGCAUAGUUUUUCUUGUGUUGUGAGAUGAAUUCCAGCCAUUUUUUCUUAAUUGUCGGGUUUCCAACUGAAAACUAAUUUCCACACGUCACGAAUUUAACUCAAAUAACUUCAUUUUUACUGCACUGAAACUUUGGUGAGAAGAUUGAGUUUCAAAACUCAAUUCAAGAUUGAGUUUUUGGGGCCGUUUAACGGUCCUAAAAAAUCCCUGAAAAAAGCCUGCCAGUUUAUAUAUUAAUAAAAUUUAACCUGGUCCAGAGAGGCAGUGAAAGAUGGGUAUUUGUUGUAACUUUAUAAAAAUGUAUUAUGUCGACCUUCCAAAUUAUGUUUAUUUCCUGUAAUCCCUGGUUUAUACCAGAAGAGGGUCGUCCAACUGGACGAACUUGGGCAAGGGAAAAUAGUCCAAUGGUAAUUUGCAGAGUUUAUGUAGUGUACUGGUGUUAUGGUCGUCACCUACUGUACAGUACGCUGGCACCAUAGAUAUCUUACUGUAUAUACACUAGAUGGCGCAUCUCUUUUAGUAAAAUUGAAGCCAAGAACAUUCCAGCGGUUACCCCCCAUUUGAAUAGAUGGUGGCCAUGUUGGUCGUUCCCACUUGCUAAUAAACGCUUAAAAACAACAAUAACUUUCAUCAUUUGAAUAGUUUAAAAACGUAUUUGGAAUAGGGUUAACUUAAUGUUUAAGUUCCCUGUUUAAGAAAUAGAAAACAUACGAAUCUUUUCAUUUCAUGGGAACGACCUGAGACUGCAAUCACGGCUUCAAUUUUUGAAUUGCAGAUUAAUUAGAUGCACUAUCUAGUGUAUAUAAAAUAUCUAUGGCUGGCACAGACCGUUCGAGUUUACAACACAAUUUCUGGCAUAGAGUCAUGCUAUGUACAGUAUAACGUUUUUACACUAAAUUUUUCUGUUGGAAAUUUUUCCGCAUUUUACUUCGCCAAUUUUUUUAUCACGAACAUACAAAGAAAGAAAUAAACUACAAUGAAAAAUAUCUGAAAAUGAAAAGGAUUCUUUGCUCAUUGAUAUAGUAGUUAGUGCUUUUUAAACUAACAUCGAUCUCUGUCCGAUGUUGCGUUGCAAGUUAUACCAAAAAUCGCCUCGUGUAACAGUCUAUUAGGAAAAACUAAUGCUUCAUUACCUGAAAUGUAGUUAGCGGAUUUACGGAAAAAAACCCAAGAUGGGAUGGUUUGUUUCAAGGCUAUUUUCAGUUCAGAUCGCACUAUUCUACCUAGUUCUGAAUACUCCGUCUUGUGUUUACCCUAACACUGAAUAUCCAUCAGGGAUGAUGCGUUUCUAGUAUAAGUCGGGCCAAUAAUUUAACUGUGACUCAUGGAGGACAUUUUUAUUUCAGCGGAGGAAACAUUGAUAUCAAGGGAAAAGUAUCGUUCGAGAAACUUAAGCCAUUAUUUCCCUCGCCUAUUUUUAAACAGUUACCAGCGAUUUCAUCUAAAUGCAAAGGUAAACUUUAUUCAGUUUUAAAGUAUAGAUGAUUGAUAGGAUUAUUACUGAUUAUGUGCUUUGUAUUAAUCCAAACAUUUAAUUUUCUAGUUUUUGACGAAGGAACGAUGUACCUUUAUUGUGAAGUGCGACCGAGAGAAAAGAACAACACCAAAUUCGCCAAACUGAUUAAAUUUUUUCAACACAAAAAUCUGGUAAGCUGUUAUACUGUGAUGCACGAAUUGGAAAAUAUGUAAAAGUAUAUACAGUACUCUAAACGUACGGUACAUAGCUGCGAACAUUUUUUAUACCUGCUUUACCUUAAUUACAGUAUGUAAUAAUUAGAGUUAAUUAUGUAGUGAUUAGAGUUUAUAUAAUAACUACAGUGAAACACGCAAUUUGAUUGGUCAAAAGCCGUGUAGGAUCAGGCUAUCCUGCACGAGGAAUAAAUGUCUUCGCGGGAUUUUCGUGGGAUUCUCAAAAUGUCAUUGUUUCACUGUAGUUAUUUUAUAAAACAAUUACCAAAUGGUUUUCCAAGCAGGAUAGCGUGAUCCAUACACUUGGGAUGUUGCUCGACUUUCCGAAAGUUUCGCGACAUCCCUCGUGCAUGGAUCACGCAAUCCUGCACGGAAAACCAUUCGGUAUUCCUUUAAUAGUUGUCUGUUGUGUAUAUAUUUAUGUAUUUUUCAUUUAGGCUGGUGUCGCUGAGUAUCCUGAUUCAAGUGCGCUUAUUUAUGUUAUUCCAACAUCGGAUUUCAGCCAUCAGUUAGGUAUACAAACAUAAACAGCCACUUUAUAUUUUUCUUUUGUCGAUGCAUAGUGACUCUUCUUUAAUUUUUACCAAGGUUUGACAGAUCGACAUUACCCGAAUCUACUCCAUGCUGUAAUUCUGAAGCGAUUACCGAAAGAAGGUAUGGUUAGAUUUAAUGAUAUAAUGUUAAGAGGAAAAUUCGAUUGAAAACUAUAUAUGCAAAUAAAUCUUUGCAUUUAGUGACGAACUUAAAAACAAACUGCAAGCCGUAUUAUGUGGGGAAAAUCCUUAAGGAAGUAACGUACUUUGCAUUACUUUCCUCUACCAGGAUAAAUUUGUUUGAAAACAAUUGUAUAUAUUGAACUGUUCGGCCGUUGUGAUUGACUUGACGUAUAUCUGUUGUUCUGUUCUGUGGGUUUUAUGUAUGCGACGUCAAUUUUCCUUGCGGGUGUUUUGUCUGUUUAUACUAGUUCAUGAUUAAAUAUUGAACAUUGUAUCCUAAAGCCGGAUGCUAACUUGUUAUUGUUUCAACUAAACAGGGACGUCUGAAGGUCGUUUUCCACUAGGCGGAAUUUUCCGCGCGGAGCGGAAUUUUUCUUUGUCUUGUGAUUUCUCGGGUGGAACUAAUUAGAAAAGACAAAGAGAAGUUCCGCUUAGUGGAAAACGGCCUUAAGAGCGUGGCUAAAUAUAUUGCUGUCAUUGACUGGGCCAGACUGGCGCAAUUUGCGUGCUUUGACUAGGUAUAGGAGCAAUUAAUCAAUGAAGUAAGAACAUCUGCUGUGAUUGUAACCCCUUUCUGUUUUGUUUAGACAUUCAGUCGUACAAGAAAAUGAAUAAGAUCAGCGCAGACCCUAUUACAGAGGCUGCGGUUAGACGAGAUAUCCGUAAAGAACUGCGAAGAAUAGAGAUUGAAAAACUAAAGAAACGUGAACAAUCUGAUAGUUCUUCUAGAGCAAGCAGUGAUAUGGAGAUAUCUUCAAGUGAUGAUAGAGCCGAGUCGGGUGCUGAGAAAAAGAAAACUGAGGUUAAAAACGAAGCGGCUGGGGUAAGUGUUGAGGUUGCCAAGGAGAAAGGUACUGCAGAUGCCGUGGUCGGACGCACAGACAGUGAAAGUAUUGGCGAGGAUAUAAAUUAUUCAAUGAAAACAAUGCAGAUUGAAGGUCAAUGCCAAGAGACACAUGUUUUAUCUGCAGUUAGUGAAAUUGUAGAUGGAGCGACUGCAUCGAAAGAUUCUGCUAAAGUGUUAAAGGAUAUAGAAACCAGUCCGAACAAAAACGAUCAACAGAAAAUGGCUGAUGCUGUUGAGGUUUUCCAAUCACCUCCGCCUAUUCGAAAACACGCUGCAGUUGUUGCGUUUGAUGAUACGUUUGAUAACAUUGUACCUGGGACAAAUACAGUAACUCGGCAUUUCAUGGAUCCUCGUUUAGGUUGCAAAACGGAUAGAUUUCUACUCGCAAGUCCAAUUGAAGUUGAACCUUUGUCAUCAGAUAGUGGUGCUGAUACACCAGAACAAUCGCCUGUUUUGAGAUAUCCAAGAACGAAUGAAAUGUCCGCUGGAGUAGUUCCGCAGUCCGAUUCUGUUAUGGAUGGUACUGUGGAAGGUACAGCGUCCACUGUGAUACAAACAGAUAAAACUUCUAGUGAGAAGGACAAAGUAUCGCGAUUAUCGUCUCGUCUUAUGGCUUUGUUUUCUCAGACUGGAAAGCGACCACCGAAAAGCAGUGCGAGUAUUGAAACCAGUUUAUCCACUGUUACCUCAUCUGUUUCUUCAGCUACUCCAACAAAAUCAAUGGUAUCAUCAUCAUUGCCAGUUGAAUUAAAAAAUAUUACCACAGAGUGUCUGGCAACAACAAGUGCUCAUAAGCUGCAAACAGCUACACCGCUGUUAAGCAUCCCUCCGGCUACGUUAUCCGCAUCAUCUAAUUUCCCUUCUGCAGGCGAUGCUACAGUCAGUUCAGGAUGUGUGGUUACUGUUGCUAACGACAACAAGGCAACAGUGAUUGAUAUGCAGAGUUCCACCACUUGUGCUUCUCCUACUCAUUUGCAGACUUCGUUCGUUACCCUUGGAGGCAGUCGUAUAUAUUCAAAUAAAAGUACAGCUCACGGUGAAUCGUCCUCAAAUUCAUGGGGGGAAAUUUUAGAAGCGUCAUCGGGACUAUAUCCAGUGUCUUUUCAACAGACUGCAGUCACAAAUUCGGCUUCCACAUUGUCGUCUUAUGCAACUGCCUCAAACGUUAAUUCCACGACGACCUAUUCAACUAGUCUCAAUAAUUAUGACUCGGAAUCACCAUUACGACAGAUGUGUGUCGCAUACCCGUCUGCCGAAGCUUCACUUGAAGUUUCGUCGAUUCCUAGUUGUACUAAUACUGCAACAACUUCCUUUGUUUUAACUGCUACAGGAUCUUUAACGCCUUCUCCUGUGCCUUCAACCUAUACGACAUUCAAUACCGGAACACCUGCUUCCACGGAGUGCGAAACAUCCACAGUGCAAGCUACAGUAGAACAAUUAUACUCAUCAGAUAGACUUGCAUAUCCAGCAACAAAUACAGCUCGUACGGUAGCAAAUACUUCUGAAUGGGUAGUGCCCAUGGCUAUUUCUAAAGAAUCCGAAAUCCUACCGAAAUCGGAACAGUCUCCGCUGUUUACGUCAAAUACAAAUCUGAAACAAAUUAUUUCAUUCUUCCAAGCCAAAACAGCAUCACAAUCAACAACAACUACUACGUUUUUAGUAUCACCAUCUACAUCACCAUCAAGUACCGUCAAUGUUUCAGAUGAAGGUAGUACUAAUGAGAUUAGGGAGGCGGCACUCUCACACAAACCGCAGAUGACAUGUGGAACAAGUCUGUCAGUUACAUCUUCAAGAUACGAUCGAAAGUUAACCGAAGAUUUCCCCCAAGGAAACGAACCCCAGAAAGUACAAACUUCUGAUGACGUUGCCACGUUGGAAACAACACAAGAUUAUGGCCGUGUGGAGUGGUACGAUACAGUGGACACGCAAUCCUAUGAUGAUGUGCAAGAAUUCAGUAGUUCAUCACAAACACCAAUAAUGGGAACAUAUGAAGCAUACAGCAGUGGUAUUGUGCCAAUAUACAGUAGGGAUACUGUGCCUGCACAAACACCAGUUACGGGAACAUAUGAAACAUAUAUUACUGAUGCUGUACCUACGCAAACACCAGUUAUGGGAACAUAUGAAACAUACAGUAGCGAUGCUGUAUAUACACAAACUCCAGUUACGGGAACAUAUGAAACAUACAGUAGUGAUGCUGUAAAUACACAAACUCCAGUUACGGGAACAUCUUGCGAAGCAUACAGUAGUGAUACUGUGCCUACACAAACAUCAGGAAUGGCAAAAUUAUAUGAAAAGUACAGUAGUGGUACCGUGUCUACUCCACGUGCUGUUAAUACCCCACCACUUCCUACAGAGGCCCUACCACCACCUCCACCACCACCAUUGACCUCAUCUUUUUCAGCUGGUUACACCACGGCUUACUCGGGCAACAUGAACAAGGAUAGUUUAUCUUACCUAACUUCGACGGAGCGUGAGGUAUAUACGUAUUCCAAUUCUUGUCCAGAGGAUCACACUAAUCGUGCAGCCCAACCUACAUCACAUGAAAGCUCUGACUUAUAUGAGUAUGGAUUGACAUUAUCAUCUGACCAAGCUACUACCCAGGAUGCUAGUGAGUCGUACUUCUGUGAUGGAAAUACGCCAUCAACAGACUCAUCUCGAUCUAGUACUCCAGUGAUCACCAUGCAGGAGAAGCAGUUAAAACCAGGGUCGGUUUCUCAGUAUUCCCCCACGUCUACUCCCCCUCCUCCGCCACCACCACCUCCACCACCACCACCACCACCACUACUCUGUGUGUACAACAACCCUGUGUUUCACCAAGACAAUUACUCUGCAACAUAUGCACCUUUGUAUACACACCCAUAUUCCGGAAUCCAACCAGUACCCAUUCCAAACCCCACUUUAUCUGAAUAUCAUUAUCCUGCUUCAGGAAACACAGGCUACCCAACUUUUCCUUCCUCGUUAACAGCAGAUUUUGAUAGCACCUCUGGGUUUGGUUAUACAAAGCAGAUUACACCUUUGUGGAACGAAAGCUCUACUGUUAGAAGUAACGAGGAUCAAUCUUUAGCGACGAACUUGGACCAACAUAAGCAUUCAAAAUAUGUUGCUGAGAUAUCCAGUGGAGAGAUCGUUGAUAUCAACGGUACGUCGAAACAGGAUAAAAGUAGUUCCUCGAAACUUAGCCGUGAGACAGCUGAGAAUUUAAGAACUAAAGAAACCGCGUUCCCAUGCGGAACGCUUAAGUCCCCCGAAAAGAAUUCUAGCAGUUCUCAGACAUUAUCAGUGGGUAGUAAAGAUAAUUCCGACCUAAACUUGUUGAAACACGAAGAAAUCAGUGGAAGCCGCCAAUCAAGGGAAACCAGAUCCAGUGGUAGUGGUACACAUGCCGACACUAUAUCCGAUGCCAGUCCUUUCCAAAUCCAGAAAGAUAAAAGCCGUACUCCUGAAUCUCCAAGUUCUGUGGACAAAGAUGUAACUACUACUACAGACAACGCUGAAUCAAGCUUCAAACCAGGUUAGUAAAGUUAAAGUAUGGAUAGACUGCGGUUGUUUGUGUCUGAAUUUAAACAUUGCCAUCGCUGAUAACCUCUUGACGAAGGGGUGUAAGGGCAUUGUGGUAGUGCUGUGCAAACUCCGGUUUUUCAUAUCCGGCUCCGGCCGAAUUAUAGCUCUGAGCUCCGGCUCCGGCCACAUCAUAAAAUAUUAAAUAAAUGUUUUUUUUAUACGAUCAGAGAACAUUUAUUAAUAUUAUUAUGAAUAACCCUUUUCGCGCUUCCUUCCGAAACAAAACAGUUAAAACACUUAACCACGCAGAAACCAGCCUCGAAAAAUCUUUGACAGUGUUGCAAUUUUUAUAUAGCAUGACGCGAGGCAUGACGCUAACACUCUCAGACUCCACAGCGCAAUUGUUCACACGCAAACAAAGUACUCUGUCAUUUUCAAAAGGUUGAUAUUUCUUUCUUUUGUACUUUUUCGUUAUCUACAAGGCAUGAAUACACAGACUAUGUAGCGCUAAGUCAGAUGGCUUCAUGAAAGCAUGACGUUUGUAAGUUGCGAUCGUAUUACAGCUUUUCGACGCUGUUCCUGUGGGCUGUGGCAGUUUGAGUCAUUCAUGAAUUCAUUAACAGCAAUUGGCAGUUUGCAGUAACUAACAAUCGUUUGACAUUUGUCUCAUUUCAUAUUGUUUUCUUGUCAUUUUGCCGGAGCUGGGAAAACGUAACUCCGGCUCCGGGCUCCGGCAUACAAAAUUCGGCUCCGGCGUCGGAAAAACUGCCGGAGCUCCGGCAGAACUCCGGCUCCGGCAACUCCGGCGCACAGCACUACAUUGUGGUUUUUAAAGUAGUUCAGACACAAACAACGCCGGCCUGUUAGAAAAACCAAUAAGUACGUGUUGGUUUGACACUCGCUAGAAAAAAACCACCUCUGCUGAAAAGGUGUUAUAUCAAGAACCACAACUUACAUGCAACAGAGAGGUUCAGAUUUUGAUUUUCGCCUUUACCCCGCCUUUUGGUAAGCGAUUCGUUCUUACUGUCGUAAAUACUGUUGAUGGAUUUUGCAUGGACAUGCAAUUGCAGUACACACACGAUUAGGGACCUUAUUAAUUAUGAAGGGCCUUUGUUGUUGUUGUUGUUGUUGCUAGUCUAACAUUUUCCUUGCUUGUAAUAAUUUGGACAAGCGUUACGAACUAUAGCUUUCUACCUCUCUCCUCCGCAGAGGCAUCCGCUCGUGCUCCAAGAUUCGCCAUGUAAAGUGUGGUGAAAUGUAUCUCAAUACUAAUCGUAAUCAUAGCCAACUAAAGCCUCUGCGGAGGAGAGAGGCUUUCUGCCAGGUCUUUCUAAUUAGAACCAUAGCCUUCUACCAGGUCUUUCUAAUUAGAACCAUAGCAUUCUACCAGGUCUUUCUAAUUAGAGCCAUAGCCUUCUACCAGGUCUAUCCAAUUUUCAGAUCUGGUAGUUAAGCAAUUAAUUGUGCUGUAUAUCACAGCUGAUUAACCACGUAUCUUUUGAGAAAUAGUUAACCCUAACCAUGAUGAAAGGUAUGAGAUACUGUAGGUACUGUAUAGUGUUGUCAUACGACUAGCAAAAAUACGAUCUUACAUACAUACAUACUUUAUUGUGUUCCUCAAAGAGGCUUUUCAACACUAAUUUACAUGGAAUGGUGAUUAAAAAACAAGGUUAAGAUUACAUAUAUAAAAAUUUACUAGGAAAAAUCUUCUAUUAUUAAAAUAGUCCAUUACUAAGAAUACAGUCUGUCUAACAUGUCUUUCUUUAAUUUAUUCUUAAAACUUCUCAAAGAUGGCAUUUGUUUCGUGUUAUUGUUCAGAUCAUUCCAUAGUUUCACCCCUUUAUAAUGAAAUGUUCUCUGGCCAGUGGUGGUAUUAUAAAUCGGUAUUUGGAGGAGCUUUCAGUUACGUGUGUUACAUUCAUGUAUAUUUGAUCGUUUACUAAAUUUAUUGCACAAGUAAGGUGGGGCUAGAUUGUUAAUACACUUGUGCAUCAAAACUGUAUCACCAUAUGAAGAUAAAAUACAUGAAUCCACGGCUGUGGAACCAUUCUCUUGGAACCAUCCGCUUCGGCCGCUUUGCAAACUUAGGCUAACAAUGUUUGGACAAAAAGAGCACGCACACACAGCAGUGAACUGUAAUAACACUGGAACGCUAACUGCAGAUAAACAUGCCCAUACUUGCCUGAAACCAAAAUGGCGCUUCUCGCGAGCACGGCCAGCAAUAAAUUAACUUUCAAAAGGACUGGGGAGAGUUUCGAGGAGCGGGAAAUUCAGUCAAAAGUUUGUUUUUGAGCGAAAAUCAGCAAGAAAAAGUACUUUUUUAUCAAAAGGCUUCAACUUUAAAGAUUCAAACCUGGUUUCCUGGAUAGUUCUAAGUAUUUUACAUCCACUAACAGCAAAAACGUCCUGGGGCUGGGUAACAGCUUGAUAUUCAAAAUAUUACACAAGUUUGAACGUGCCGAAAAAAACUUCGCACUUUGACUCCUGAAAAAAGAACUUUAUAACUGCUCUACGUUCUGGAAACAUGUUUUGUAUUAAAUUUCAGGUAUUGUUGAAAGUUUUUAGCUUUUUUCCUUGUUGAAAUACAGCUAUUUAGUGGUCGAAAACAGACAUCUUUUUGGUGGCGUAUUUUCCACUCCAUACGUACAUGGCGGCCUUCAAUUUGGCUUCAAAGAUGGCCGACAAGUUAUCGUUCCAGUUCCCUUAGAGUUCACUGACACACAGUAAGAAUCUCGAUUAAAAUUCAUGGCCUGUUUCUUAGCCAAUGAAUAUUCACCUCAAUCUCGAUGGCGUUUAAUUAAGUAAUAAUUCCUACGACAGGUAUAAAAAAAGCUUGUCCUCUAUUUAUUCUACUUGUGCCCUUCAAAUAAGAAGCAAUUAACUAAGAAGCGAUGUGAAUUAUUUAGUUUACAGUGGGUGUUGGAUAAUAAUGCUUCACGAGUAAAUAAUUUAUGAGAGAAGUUAAUAUAUGCGUAUGAUAUUAUAUGAGCUUGUGUUAUAAAGGUAGUAUAGGGUAUCUAUUGUAGAGCUUCCUCAAGACCCCUUGAAAGGAAUUGAGAUUAUGGCAAAUAAUUCGUCAGAGCUAUUGCCUUCUGUUAUUUUAUGCACCACAAGUGAAGUACGUUUUGCUACUAGUAUGGAAGCCAUUGCUGCAAAAAUUGUUAUCACAAUUAUGUCCAUCUUCGUCUCUUUCUUUGGAAUAUUGGCGAACACUCUUGUCAUUGUGGGAUACGUUGGCAAUCGUCGUUUACGAACUAUUCAGAACACGAUGUUUUUGUUUCUAGCUAUUACUGACGUUGGCGGUACUGCGUUGGCGUUACUGCAGCCAAUCUUGAGUGGUUUGUUGGGAAAACGUAGCUGUAUUUUAUGGGAAAUAAACUUUAUAUUAGGUAUUCUGUUCGAAGAAUUGUCACUAGUAACCAUUGUUAUUCUUAGCUUGCAAAGUUAUAUAACCUUGGCUUAUCCGUAUCGUUCUCAAAGUAUAAUUACAAAGUCUCGUGUAAUUAUAGCAUUUUUCGUCUCUUGGCUUCUCGUCUUUAUUUCAGCCUUUUUGAUUUUUCUACAUAAGCCGUUUGCUGGAUACAUAUUCAUUUGUAUUGUGUGCUUUGCAAUAGUCACAGUUGUUUUCACAUGGAGCUGGACGUAUAAACUCGUUGCUCAACAUCGAAAUGUUAUUGACAUCACUCAAACUCCGACAACUCGUCAAAAUGUAUCGCGUAAGAAGGUCCUAAGAUCGACAGUUACCGUUUUUGCUGUUAUUUCAAGUCUGCUGGGAUGUUAUUCCUUUGUUUUGUGCUUAUUUUUCUUUCAAAUUUUAAUAAACCCUUCGACACUUGGUCAUGAUGCCUAUCUGACAUUGUCCUCAGUGGCUGUGACAUUGAUGUACUUGAACUCUCUACUGAAUCCUUGUCUUGUAUUCUGGCGUUGUGGUAACUUUAGGCAAGCAGUAAAAAACAUAUUCAAUUAUAGAAAGGACUAAAAGAUAUAGCAAACAGCUAGCCUUAGUAGCCAAGCUAAGAAAACUGCAGAUGGAUAGGAAUUGUACAGACCGUUCGAGUUAGCCAAGCUAAGCCUAAUUCUUUCAAGAGGCAGAUGCAUGGUUGAUUGUCCGCUGCGUAUUUGCAGUUUGUGCUAAAGGCAAACAGGUGUGACUUAGGGCAUGUUUAUAUGAUCCCAACUAGGCCAGACGGGACGUUUUCAUCCCGCCUAGUCGGAAAACUCGCUUAUGGCCGAGACACACCGAACGCGAUUCGACAACGCGGCGCGAUUUUUCUAUUUUCACUCACGUAUAACUUUGAUCCUCGUUUAGGUUUUUCAAAUAUUUAGAAGCGCAUUAACAUUUUGAGUUAUUUGGUCUACAUAUCUUUUAAAAUUUCCGUUCAUUGGCUGUUUUAUUAACUUAAAACUGAAAAUCGCGCCGCGUUGUCGAAUCGCGUCCGGACGCGUCUCGGCCUUGAUUAAGGCAAGAUGGCGUGUUUAUAUGGAAACAGCAUUGGGUAAUAUAGAGGGCGGUUCUAGUGAUGUGUCAAGUUUAAUUAUAAACUAUAUUUGGGAUAAUUUGUUGAUUAGUUGUUUAAAUGCAGUUCCAUGGAGUACAUGAGAAUAAUCUGCGAGAGCAUAAGUAUCACACGAGAUUGUGAUAUUCUCAUUUAGUAUAAAUUUGUUACCACCCGGUAUUGUCAAAACGAUGACAGAUAGCUUGCAUGGCAGGUCGGCGUUGAACGGAGAAUUAGCACCUGCAAGAAAACCCGGCAUUCGUGAUUGAACCAUCGAGUUAUUAAUGGCCAUUAAUCUGUUGUGACUAAACGCCGUUUAAUUUUCGCACGUGGAAUGUGAUUGGUAAAUGUCACGAGUUAAUUGACAUGUUUACACAACAGCGAAUACAUUAUUAUUGGGUGUUUGUAAAACCCGAAACACACCCGGAACCCUGCUAAGUAUAUAGUCCAAGAAGUUUUGCUCGAGUAUUUGCACGUGCUUUUAACAAAUUUCGCACUAUAUGACAUUGAUGAAUUAUUGUGAUGUUGUCAGGUUUACACCUUUCUACUACAGAUUUGGAUUGUUACCUUUUGUUAAGUUAAGGCGAAACGUGUAAAGCUAUUUUGGUUUUCCCAAUGUUUAUAAUGCGUCUUUUAUGAAAUUCAUAUUUAUAGGAUCAAAAUUCAUUUCACAUUCUCACUUACCGGGUCAGCCCCGUUGCAUUUUUAGGAUUUAAGCCUGUUUUUCACUAAACCGUAUCGUAACGUAACGUAGCAUUUUCUUUUGUGUCGAAGUCAUUAGUUCUACACUACUGCUCAGGGAACAAAGAAAUACGCUACGUUUCGGUACGAUACGAUUGAAGUGGAAACUGGCUUUAGAAGAGAUUAUUUGAAUACUAUAAUACGGGAUUUUUUUAAUUUGGCAAAGAUUUUGGGAUUUAAGGGUAAUAGGAUAUUUUUGACAAGAUUUUCUGAUGUUUAUUAUUAUGUGUACACCGAUUUCUCGAGUAAUGUAUCUCGCUGAGUUCUCUGACCGUAACAUAUUUGAUAUUUCUUAAAUAAUGAUAUACUGGCAAACGCAGGGAUUAUUCACUAUAUAUAGUCUUCAAAAUCUUCAAGAACGAACUUUCUCUAAGCCUCAUGUUUAUAAUAUAUUUUGUGUUCAAUGUUAUUACAUCAACAAACGAGAUAAGAUUACAAUUUGAAUUUAGAUUAAAUUCAAAUUGUAAUCUUAUCUACGUGAAGAUGUAGUAAACCUAACAAUAUCACGUACAAUAACUUGUUUAAUACAAUUUCACGCGAAGAAUUUCGCCGUCGUGGGAUCAAGCUUUUCUUGCGAAAUUUUUCGCGUUUCGCCAAGAAAAAGCGCUCAUGGGAUUCGGCCUGAACAAGCCUUGUUUUUGCAGGCCUUCGAUAUUCUCUGUUCGUCUUUUCCGUUUCAAUGAGAUCGCCGGCCUGCCAUGCAGUAUGCAUAACGAGUCUGAGAGUCUUAUUAAUUAAACUGUAAAUUGUCAAAUAGCAUGGAAAUGUUUGUUAUUAAAACUGUAUUAAAAGUUGACGUUUGCAACGUUUAUUCUUUUAAGAUUUUUUAUUACCCAUCGAGCUACAAUAGGCCCAAAUGCGGCCUACUUCAUUAUUUUCAAUUUUGCUCUGCGAAAGCCUGAUUAUUUUGCUCUGUUUAGCCCAGAUGAUUUUACUCGUCAUGGGGCUAUUCUUGGAGUUAAAAUUAUUGGGGGCUAAUAUUCGAAGUUACAGUUGUUGAGUAAAAUACUCAGUGGUUCCCGUAAGUAUUGUUGCUCAAACCGUUAGUUUGACUUUUUAACGGCGCCAAGGUUUUUUCGAUACAAUUUUGCGAAGGAAAAGUUGCUAAUAAUCCUAAUUAAUAUUGAUCCUCGAAUUACCUUGGCAUAAUUACGUUUGGAAAACGAACCGGGCUUGAAAAUCUUGAUAAAUUAUAGUUGUAAUUUAUUUGUAAUGUUUUUGUUCUUUAUAUAGCCAUAACAGACGAGGACGUUGUGACAGAGACUAAAGUGGUUCCCUUCUCUCAAGAUCCCACUGAGCAAGGGGAGUUUGCCAACAGCAGAGAAAUUUCAGAAAAGAAACCUGUUGAAAAGUAUUUGGCAGAGGAUUCAGAAACAGAGCAAUGUGAAGAUGAAGUCCUUGCACCAAAUUGUACGGAUGAAGUGAACAUGAGAGACUUGGAAAUAGAACAAAAGGGGAAACAAACACUAUCUUCGUCAAGCGAAAAUGACCGUACUAUAGAACAGGACAGUAUAAAAGAAGACAGUCCGUCGAAUAAUUCCAGUGUAAAUCAUGGAUGGCAUGAGGUGUUUUCCGAAACAAACCUUACGGAUCAUAAGGAGGUAGUAGAUCGAUUGAAACAGAAAAGACGUGAUACUGCCAUGAGGGACGAUGCUGUGGACAGACCUUUAUUAGGUUUCCAUGUAAGCAAUGUAGCUGAAUUCCUCGACAGUAACGACGAAACGUAUGAGGAGAUACCGCUAUCAGAUGAAGAAAUACCAUCUAACAAAGCUGGUGGAAUGACUAAAGGAGCUAAGAAAGAUAAAAAUCCAACGACUGAGGGAAAAUGUGAUGAUGGCAGCAGUGAUUGUCAGUCAAUACGUACCGUGUCUGAAUAUGUCGACAGUAAUGAUGAGACGUUCAUAGAUAUACCACUUUCUGAAAAAGAAAUAGGAAGGACACUGGGUGUCGAUGAAGUUCAGAAAGAAGAACACAUAGAUGAUGAGUGGAAAAUGGAAAGUUAUACAGAUCCAAGUAGAGAAAUCAAUACUGGAAGAAAAAGAGAGAGAAUUACUGAUUUGCGUGAACUAAUUAAGGAAAAGAAACGAAAGUUUGCAUCUGAGGAUUCAGAAAAGCGCGCUACUUCUCGAAACCGUCGCCGAGUAGUGGAAAUAGUAAAACAUAAAUCUGUUGUUCCUGACGAUUCGACUUCGAAAAGAAGUGAAAUAGCUGAUGAAACGUCACGAAACGUGGCAUCUCCUGUUCCUGAUAGUGAAGUUGUUAUUCCAGAUCUCGUUAAGGUUGUUUUGGAGAACAGACGUAAGAUGACCUCGCCUGAUUCAGGAAGUUGUUUCUCUACUCCUGAUCAUACUGAAACACUCGAUGAAAUGAGACGGAAAAUUUCUUCUCCCGAUUUCGACAAAGAACGGAGAUCUGCCUCUCCAGAGUCUGAAAGCCGUACUAGUACUCCCGACUGGAACCCCAAUGAACACCGUAGGCUGUAUAACAGGCGACGGGCUGGAAGCAGUGACAGUUCUCGUGCUGAAAGUAGUGCGGGCUCGCGUCCUGGAAGCAGUGCAAGCUCACGACAUGGAAGCAAUGCAGUUUCGCGCCCAGGGAGCAGUGCGAGUCUACGAACUGGAAGCAAUGUAAGUCUACGGUCCGAGAGCAGUACUAAACGAUUUCCUCCACCUAAAAGGGCUCGAGUGGAAAAGGACACUCCUGACAAGACACGUGAGCAAGCACGCUCUCGGAGUGGUCGUGUUUUGGAUAUAAAUUACCCAAAAAACCUGUCUGAUCGUUGGUUAGAUGAAGAUUACCCUACAAACUUAUCUGAUCGUGGAUUAGGUGAAGGUUGUUACCCAUCAAACUUGCCUUUGGGGUUAGAUGAAGAUUACUCUAGAUCGUCCCCUGUAGGUUCAAGACGUGAGCGUCAAAGAUCAGUAUCUCCCAGUGUCAGUAAAAGCCAUUACAGCUAUGUCUCUGAGCGAGACAAUCUAACACCCCCUCUACGUCUCUCCCCUGCGAGAGAAAGUAGAUAUCGAUCUAGAUAUAGCAUAAAACGUUACGAUGCAAGAAGUAGUAGCAAUGACAGUGGUAGUUCUAGAGCAAGGCAUCAUGAUAGGAAUAAUAAUAAUUGGUCCAGGCAUGAUGAGAGACCUGACAUGGAUCAAACAACGAAAAGCCAAAUUGAUUUUUCUGAUGAAACAUUCCUGUCAAGUAAGUUAAAAUCUUUGAUUAAUAAUAUUCUUCUAAUAGAAAUUAUACUACUUUGAAGCGUUUUGACCCGAAGGGAGAUGCUUUGUGCAAGUAAUUUUAGUGUUUUAUCAGCAGAUGGCAUGGGAGUUGUACUCUAUAGUUGAUACUCUUGCAUGUUUGAUAACUAUGCUUCGGUCUUGUGGGGGAGAACAUAAUACAGCAAAAUGUCCAUAAAUCUGUAAAAUUUGAAGAAUGUUCUAAAAUCGCAAAUAUUCGAAAUCCUAAAAAGUUGUUUUAAUUACUCCUUCAAAUUCGAAACUACCCUACGAUCCCUGGAGUAAUACCUUCCUUGGACAAGCUCAUCAAAAAAUGGCUACGAACAAAUGUAUAAGUAUGGGCUUGUAUAUUAGAAGAUUUACCGGUUUACGGACGUUUACUUAUUCUUUGAUGAACUUGUUGUUCUCCAUGUAAUGAAAUGAUGGAGGACACUCAAAAUGGCGAAAACACUUUUGACUCCGACAACUUUCACGAUUUGAAAGUUGUCGGGUAAAAAGCCAGCGAAGAUUUCGCCCAAUGCUUUAAAAGGGUAAGAGCAACAAUGAAAUUCAAGUCUGUUUGGAGAGAAAGAACUCGUUAAACUGUGAAAUAAGUUUUUGUACAACUUUUCUUUACCUCUUGUCAUUCUUGAGAUAUUUUAGUUUGUUGGUACACAAGCUGGUAAAUAUUCACGCCAAAGUCAUAAAAGCUCACUGUUCAAAAUGGAUCAAAUUCGGAUCUAUCGAUUAUUCAAUUGGCUAAUCAAUAGCAAACAAUUAAAAAGUUUUACUCUAAUCAAAACAACAUUUAUUUGUGACUAGCUAUAAGUUUGCCCCAAGAGCUAUAGUGAGCCCAUCUAGGAGGCUUACGUUUAAAACAACAUAAAACGUGUGAUUGAGCCACGGACAAGUGGUCAGCCCGUUAUAUAAAUCAGGGUGACACUAAGAAUGUCAAAUCUCUAAAUAUCACUCAUUCAAAUAUCACAAAUCUUAUUCUAGGAUUGUUAAGGCCUGACGUAAUUGAACAUUUGCAAGGGUAUGUUCACAACAAUCUUCAACGCACUUUGGAUGAAUAUCCCGAAUGUUUGGACGAGCCAGGUAUUAUAAUAAGUUGUAAUCUAGUACAACUUCAUUUCUUAAUCAAUGUCUAAUGAGGUCUUGUAUUCACGUAUCUUGUAUCCGCAAGGUUCAAGUCCGAUACAGUCAUGAUAUAACAAUAUUGUUACAACCUUGCGUCGUCAACUAUGUAACUUUCUUGUUAUAUCAUGACUGUAUCAUACUUGUUAGAACAACCUUGUAACAAGUCUGAUCAACAGAUCAAGCUUGUUACAAGUUUUAACAGCUUGUUUCAAACUUGUUACAACAACUAGGAACAAGCAGUGCGAACAACUUGUCGACACAUAUUUGUAACAACUUGUUUGCAGACCUGUAACAACUUAUGCGUUUUUAUGUGUGCAGUUGUCUUCGACAUUUAGACGCGGUCCCUAUAAGGCUAACGUGCAUUACACUGUACCCGAUAGCUGUCCGUAGCGACGUGAAAAAACACCUGUCCGUACCUUUUAGGAACGCUAUUUUCAGAGAAAUUAUUGUAACGGAAGAUGUUGUUUCGCUCAGCUUCUGAAAGCUGUACAUUCUGUAUCGGAUAGCUGCUUUUUUUUCGCGCCACUAUGGAAAGCCAUCCGGUAUAGUGUAAACACGGCCUAAUUCAAUAUCAGAAACGCCAACAACUGAACAAAGCCCGGCUAUUUGUAGAAUAACAAGUCGUUAUAAUGUAAAACUAUAUAUUUAAUCGAUUCGUUAAAUAGAGAAUAAUACAUGGGUGCGCGGAAAUACCAGAUUUAUUUCGAGUGUUGAACAUGAUAUCUCACGAGUGAGCGCAGCGAACGAGUGAGAUAUCAUGUUCAACACGAGAAAUAAAUCUGGUAUUUCCAAGCACCCAUGUAUUUUUCUGUUUAUUAUAUAAAUGACAGUCUUUGAAAAGCGAUAAUUUUUACAGAAAAGCGAUAAUUGAAAAGCGAUAAUUUUCACAUGUGAGAUUAUCAUGAAUAAUCUCACAUGUGAGAUUAUCACUUUUAUCAGUGCUCGAAAUCUCUAUAAAGCACUAUACUUUAUCUAAUAAAUAGAAAUAAAGUUCAUUUACCUUUAUUACAAGAUGUACUUUUUGUUCACUUUGAGACGUAUGCUUGGAGACAUUGUGCUCACUUUGUGACACUCUGUGUCUUAUGCCUGCCUGGAGGUAUUGAACGAAAACAUGCUCGCGUAAAGGUAUAAAUACACCUUGUAGUAGAGGUAAAUGAAUUUUGUUUCUCAAUUUAAAUUAAGACAAUACUCUAGCAAUUAUUUAGCAACUAUAUUUGACGAAUCGAUUAUGUAGUAAGUAUAUAUAUAUUUUAACACGAACGGUUUCUGCCAGCGUAGAUAGUAACAAACCCCAGAGAAUUAGAGAGACAUUCUUUCAGAUGGAUUUAACUACCUGAAAAAUACAAGCAAAACUUCGACAUUUCGAGCGAAGGCGCUUCGACGAAGGGUCGUUUUAUUUUUCAGGCAGUUGAAUCCAUAUCCAUCUGCAUUUCUUUAAUAAUUCUAUAAAUAGCCGCAACCACUAAUUCUCUUAUUGAAUUAGUGGUUGCACCUAAAUGUCAAAAACAAUUCGACUAGAAAUUCUGUUCAGCAGACCGCUCUGCAGAGCAGACCGGAAAGAGUUUCUGGUCUUUACUUCUUUAUAAUUCUUUCCAAAUAUUCGUUUAUUAUUUGUAUUCUCAACCAAUUCAGCAGUAUUGUUUUGCGAAUAGUCUUAUCGUAUUUUUUAGUUGAGAAAAAGAAGCCCUUCUUUGGUGGUAUUGGGUAUGUAUUUAGAAAGCUAUAUAAAGGCCCAUUUACACGAUACGAUUAGUUGUAUAUACGAUUGUCAUUCUGACGAAUGAAAACGAGUGCUAAUGCCACGUUAUUGCUCAUUCGCUAAUGGCGAAAUUUGAAAUGUGACGUUUGUACGCGUGUUUAUUCGAUCACAUACGCCAGGGUACGAAUCGUAUACAACUAAUCGUACCGUGUAAAUGGGCCUUAAGAGUUUAAUCUGAGUAAAAUUACGAGUACAAGAUUCUCCGUUUUCGCGCCAGUCACGCCAUUCUUAUGACUUGACAUUACUGCAUGUUCAAUACAAUCACAAAGCCGUCAGAUAGAUACUCCUCUGCCAUCAACGUGCAAGUAUACAAGUAUAUUCUUACAUGCAAGUCUAUUCCUCACGUUUCAGGAGAGCUAUUAGAGAUCUUACGAUUUUAGGACGGCAACGCGACGGCGACGGCCAAAACAAACUCCUUCAAAUAAAUGGUAUAGUAAAGAUAGUUCGUCGUAUAUUAUCAAUCGUAUAAAUUUAAUACAGUUUUAGAAGUUGAAGACCUGGGUUUUAUGGUUGGGAAGAGUUCUGAUAAACCCAGUUUGAGGUUGUACUUGUUGUGGCUUGGAAUGCAGCCGUUGUAUCAAGACGUGAAAAUCUGUGAUUUAGCGUCGUAAACAGAGCGAGGACAAUGUCUAAAUUAUUCAUAUAUUGUAAUUACUCAAUUCUUUUCAAUGAUCUAUUGUAUUGGUAGCCAUUGCCGUCCUAAAAUCGUAAGGUCUCUAAUAAGUCUAUGACGAAUGUCCUGCAGUAGAAACGUCUGGAUCCUAUCCUUCAAUACAUUUUCUCGUUUUUCCCAAACCUUCGAUGAGAAGGCAAGCUGUGCACCCCCCAAAAGACGGCCAUGGGGGGAAAGUUGCAAAUGCCUUUAACACUGCCUGUAUUUUAACUUUUUGCGGUGUCCGUUGGUUCAUUGCACUUGAUUGCACACCUAUAUAACCGUGAUUUUUUUAUACAUUUGAAGGGAAAUUAUCUACGCCCAAAGGGAUGAAGAGGAAUCUCGCUAUGCGGAGG